CUACACCAGUGCCGGAGACGGACCCUGGAGUGAAGCCAUCAUGAUCCUCUCCUCGGAGACAGGAGAACUGCUACCAGCUCCUCAGUCAGUAGGAACCUCCGUCCCUGCCUUCUCCUGGCACUGGUGGUACGUGGUGAUCGCCGUGGCCACUGCCGUAGCAGCCACCAUCUUCAUUAUCAUCUUCUUGGCACGUAUGAGGAAGAAAGAAACACGCUACGGGGAAGCAUUUGAGCCCAACAUGGAGCAGGGAGAGCUGGUGGUUCAUUAUCGCGCCCGCAAAUCGUACAGCCGCCGGACCACUGAAGCUACUUUGAACAGUCUGGGCAUCAGUGAAGAAUUGAAGGAAAAGCUUCAGGAUGUAAUGAUUGACCGCCAUAGAGUGGCCUUGGGCAAGACCCUCGGUGAAGGAGAAUUUGGCUCGGUGAUGGAGGGCCAACUCAGCCAAGACGGUGCCGUCUUUAAAGUUGCGGUCAAGACAAUGAAGAUCGCCAUAUGCACCCGCAGUGAGAUGGAGGACUUCCUCAGUGAGGCCGUCUGCAUGAAGGACUUUGACCAUCCCAACGUCAUGAAGUUGAUUGGUGUCUGUCUACAGAACACAGAGAGUGAAGGCUAUCCAUCCCCCGUGGUGAUCCUGCCCUUCAUGAAACAUGGAGAUCUACACAGCUUCCUGCUAUACUCCCGGCUCGGGGAGAGCCCCGUGUACUUGCCCACCCAGACGUUGGUCAAGUUCAUGGUGGACAUUGCAAGUGGCAUGGAGUACCUCAGUAGCAAGAACUUCAUUCAUCGGGACCUGGCGGCUCGCAACUGCAUGCUUAACGAAAGCAUGACUGCCUGCGUGGCCGAUUUCGGCCUCUCCAAGAAAAUCUACAACGGCGAUUAUUACCGCCAAGGCCGUAUCUCCAAGAUGCCGGUGAAGUGGAUUGCCAUCGAGAGCCUGGCCGAUCGUGUUUACACCACCAAGAGCGACGUGUGGUCCUUUGGAGUCACCAUGUGGGAAAUCGCCACCCGAGGCCAGACGCCUUAUCCCGGGGUGGAAAACAGUGAAAUUUACGACUACCUACGUCAAGGCAACCGACUCAAGCAGCCGAUCGACUGUCUGGAUAGCCUGUAUGAGCUGAUGACGAGCUGCUGGGCGCUGAACCCCCGCGACCGUCCCACGUUCGAAAUCCUGUCCCAGGAGCUGGAGAAGACCCUCAAGUCCCUCCCACCCCCUAAAGAUCCCGAGGAGAUCCUCUACGUCAACAUGGACGACGGGGUCGCCCCCGCCGAGGCAGAGCUGGGCGCGGUGGGAGGCCUGGGCCCCGAGGAAGCCCUGGCCAAGGAGAGCCAGCACCUGAAGGCCAUGGUGACGUCCGCCGAGAUCCACCCCCCGCAGGCUGCAGGCCGCUACGUGAUGUGUCCCACCCCCCUCGAGAACAGCCGGCUCUUGACUGAGCCCCUCAGCUGUGCGGCCACUGAGGAAGGGGCCUAAAAAGGGAAGAUCUGCAGACCCCCCUGUGCUGGGUGUUUAUGUAGAUGUUGCAAGGCACUCUGCUGGUGACCCUCACCUCUCUGCCCCCCCAAGAGGGGGCUUCCAAAGACAAAACGCUUGAGACCCACAGCCAUCCUUCCCGCGAGGAAUCACCCUCUCCUGAUCCCGCUGACCUCUGUCCCAAAUUGAGGUCUUCCUUACCUGCUCCAGUCACUUGUUCUGACCGAGGCUUCCCAAGAGCCUGAAGCAAACUCCUUGUCC